AUGCGCGCCAUCUACUGGCUGCUUCUCGACGCCAUCGUCACGACACUCCAAAUCGGAUUCCCUCUGGAUCCGUGCCCAUUUUCUGAUCUCCUCAAAUUGCGCUUCUACUUGUCAUGCAUUAUGGUCACUCUCGCUCACGUCAUCGUCUAUCAUGAGCCGAAACGCACGACGCUUCUCGUGAGCACCAUCAUGAAAUUGUUCGCGUUGCGCCUCCCGCCAACCGCCAUCGUCACCGUCAACACCUAUUUCCAUCUAUUGCUGAUUCUCAUCCGCUGGCUGAUUGUGGCGCCGAUUGCCGGCGAAGCGCAACGCGAAUCGCGAUCGACCACCUCAUCGUGA